GCUCAGCUACUCAAUCUAUAUGCACGCGUAAUGAAAGAACUCUCAGCUCUAAAGCGGAGGCUUCAAAUAAAGAACUCCUUCUCAACCCCAAUCCCCAACUCAAAUAUUUUUAAUCGAAAAACUCCCUCGAUCAAAAGUACCCGUUCUAAAUCUUCCCGUGCGAGCUCACUAAAAGUCGGUCAGAGUUGUCGGUCCUGUUAUUGCGCAGACAAUAGUCGUAUGGUACAGUGUGACGACUGUGAUAAGUGGCAUCACUUUAAUUGCGUUGGUGUUGAUAGUCAGAUCGAGAUGGUCCCGUGGCAGUGUGUUGAGUGCGAGAAAGGGGCAGACCGAAACCGUAAAUUCGAUAAACAACCCGGAACGGCAAAUGUAGCAAACGCUAGCAACGUAUCGAAACAAUGCGCUUCAUCUGAGAGCAAAAGGGAUCACCAAAAAUUGGGUCGAGGCGCGAUUAAAUCGACAGAUUCACUGUCAGUAUCGUCCAGACGAUCAUCUAUAAGGACUUUUUUUUUCACAACAUUUAUUUGACACGGCACAAUACAAAUUAAUGUUUUACGGAGCCAAUUUAAGUCUAUAAGGACUAUACAACGUUUAGAAUUGCAACUUCAGAAACUCGAAGCUGAGCAGACACUUCUAGAUGAGAAGAAGAACCUGAUUGAGCAACAAUUCAGUGUCCUUGAGGAGUUGGCAAGUUUGAAUGAAGAAGAAGUUGAAUCAAAAAAUGAUUCCAAGGUUCAAGAUUGGUUGAAUAGAAAGAGCGAUGCAUGCCGGAAUUGUGCUUCGUGUGAAGAGUUUGUGAAUGAGGAACAGUCAGAAAACAGCAGUGAUUCUUCUUCAGAAGAAGAGCAGGAACAACAAACAGUGCACGAUUUACCUCACUUUAAUCCAAAUAAGCGCUCUACGCCAAGGAGAAAGCACGUCAUCGAGCGCGGGAACGAUUGCAACCAGCAACCAGUUCAAUUGUAGCCUGUCACGUAAUCAACUCACCGCGCGCCAAAUUGUCGCUAAAGAUUUGCCUAUCUUUACAGGCAAUCCUGAGGAUUGGCCACUUUUCUUCUCAACCUAUAAAAGCACGACACGGAUGUGUGGUUACACGAAUGAUGAAAACAUGAUUAGACUGAGAAGUUGCCUGAAGGGUGAAGCCUUUACAGCAGUACGAAGCUAUCUGCUUUAUCCAUCAACGGUGCCGAGAGCGAUGGACGCUCUCAAACUUAGGUUCGGUCAGCCUCAAUUCAUAAUACAUUCAGUACGAGAUAAAGUUCUAGCAAUGCCGACGCUGAAAGCUGACUCGAUUGACAAAACCAUCGAUUUCGCACUAGCCGUGCAAAACUUUGUAGCAACAAUUGACGCUUGCGGUCGGAAGGAGUAUAGGCGAGAUGUUUCAUUGUUAAGCGAUCUUGUGGGUAAGCUCCCCACCUCAAUGAAGUUAGAGUGGGCGAGAUAUAUGAAAGGUUUACGAAAGGUGAAUCUGGCAGAUUUUAGUGAAUGGCUAUACAACAUCGCCGAAGACGCCUGCCUGGUCUCGGAGCCGAGAAAAAUUCAGGAGACCCUAUGUCAUGACACGCGUAAGAAAACAAAACCCUUCAUUAACACAUGCUGAACAGCCUAGUUUGCGUAACGAAGAUUUACCUGGACCGAGUAAAAUUACGCAUAAGACGAUCGGCGAGCAAAAGAAACCUACGAUGAGAUUAUGUAUUGUCUGCAAAGGUAACUGUGCACUUUUAAUAAAAUGUAAGCGUUUUUUGGAUGCACUUUCAAGCAUCAUCCCCUGUUGCACAAAGAGCUGAGCGUAACGUCUUCAACAGCUAAUAAUGAACAAGCAAACGAAGCACAGGCGUGCAACACUCAUCAGGGAGGAUCCAGUGCCAUCCUCUUUCGCUAUGUUCCGGUUGUAGUAUACGGUGAGGGUAACAGUGUACAUUGUUAUGCAUUCUUGGACGACGGAUCCUCGUUAACGCUAAUGGACCAAGACCUAGCUGAGGAGCUGAAUCUUUCAGGAGAGCCCAAUCCGCUAUGUCUCAAAUGGACAGGAGGUACACACCGUUCGGAAAACAACUCACAUAAGGUAGCGUUGGAUAUUUCUGGUCUUAAGGGUAAGCGUUUUCACUUUGAGAAUGUUCGAACAGUUAGUGAGCUUCAGCUACCACCUCAAUCACUCGAUGUUAAACAGCUUCAAUCUGAAUACCGUCAUCUUAGAGGUGUCCCAGCGCAAUCGUACCGAGACGUCCGCCCACGCCUGCUAAUCGGCGUUCAGCAUGCCUACGCGACACUCGUGCGAAAAAGCCGAGAAGGGAGGGUUGGUCAACCUAUUGCAAUAAACACCAAUCUUGGAUGGACUAUAUAUGGUGGAGCCCCAAACGGUCAAUCGAUGAGCAUGCUACACUACGCAUAUCAUGUCAAACAAUGCAAUCAUGAUGAUGUUGAUAAGAUCAACGACAAUAUGGAACGUGCGUUAAAAGAUUUUUUUGCUAUUGAGAGCUUAGGUGUUACUUCCUCUAAUAAGGAAAUCCGCUCUCAAGAUGAUGAACGGGACAUUCAGCUUCUACAUGAUCUCACUCAGUUCAAUGGAAAGAGAUACGAAACAGGUUUAUUGUGGAGAAACAAUAAUGUAAAAUUGCCGGACAGCAAACCAAUGGCUUUAAAGCGAAUGUAUAGCAUGCAACGGCGCAUGGAAAAGGACCCAGACUUGGCGCGAAUUCUGGACGAAAAGCUGGCGGAUUAUCUAAAUAAGGGCUAUAUACGCAAACUUACCACCGCGGAGCUGGAGGAAAACCACAAACGUGUUUGGUACUUACCUGUAUUUCCAGUGACUAAUCCAAAUAAACCAGGCAAGGUUAGGCUUGUCUGGGAUGCGGCUGCUGUGGUGAAUGGUGUCUUGUUAAAUUCAUCUCUACUUGCUGGUCCUGAUUUGUUAACUUCGCUAGUUUCUGUCCUUUACAAGUUCCGCGAGCAUCGUUUUGCAAUAUGCGGUGACAUUCGCGAAAUGUUCCACCAAGUUAAAACUCGUAAUGAAGACCAGCACAGUCAGCGCUUCUUAUGGUGGGACAGCGAGGAUAGGAAAAAAACUCAAUACCUAUGCGAUGCAGGUGAUGACGUUUGGGGCAUGCUGCUCACCCGCGAGCGCGCAAUUUAUGAAGAACCUAAACGCAGAGCGUUUCAGUGAAGAUCUGCCAGCCGCUGCGAAAACGAUAGUACAAUGUACGUACGUUGAUGAUAUGUUGUGUAGUGAGGAAACGGAAGAAAAGGUCAUCGAAUUGGCGAAAUCAGUCCGAUUUAUCCACGAGCAAGGCGGCUUAGAAAUCCGUAAUUGGACAUCAAAUUCGAGGUCAGUUCUGGCUGCACUUAAGAGUGAGACGUGUUUAUCAAAAAACCUCGAUCUAUCAUCUAGUCUGGCAACUGAAAAGGUUUUAGGCCUCUGGUGGUGUACCGAUUCAGAUUGCUUCACCUUUAGAAUAAAUUGGAGCAGAUUAGAAGAUCUACUAACGGCAAAGCGGCGUCCCACGAAACGGGAGGUUCUGCGAACUAUGAUGUCUAUAUAUGACCCGCUAGGUCUUGCAGCACAUUAUCUCAUGUAUCUCAAAAUGCCUUUCCAAGAGAUCUGGCGAUCUGGUGCUAGUUGGGACGACGAGAUCAAUCAGCAAUGCUUUGAAAAAUGGCAGACAUGGCUUAAGCUUCUACCCGAAAUAGAGAAUUUAAAGAUUCCACGAUGCUACAGACUCCGAACGUCAGCUGGUCAAGAAACGGAAAUUCAGUUGCAUACAUUCGUCGAUGCCGGUGAGAAUGGUAUGGCAGCCGCUGUAUAUCUUCGCUAUGCAGAGAAAGGGAAGGUCGAAUGCUCACUUGUUGGUGCGAGAACCCGCGUAGCACCGCUCAAAUAUCUCACCAUCCCAAGACUGGAGCUUCAGGCGGCGGUAAUUGGGGCAAGACUAGCCCACCUUAUCAGUGAAGGAUUAACCAUUAGCAUCACAAAAUAUGUAUAUUGGUCAGAUUCAAGGAACGCGCUUUCGUGGAUAAGAGCUGAUCACCGUAGAUACAGCCAGUUUGUGGCUACACGUGUAAGUGAAAUUCUGGAUUUGACUAACGUUUCUGAUUGGAACUGGGUUCCUACGAAGUGGAACGUGGCAGAUGAGGGAACAAAAUGGCAAAGUCGUCUAGUACUAACGAGUGACAGCAAAUGGUAUAAAGGACCUGACUUUCUCUAUCAACGCGAGGAAGAAUGGCCAGUGACACCGGACAAAAUGGUUGAACCUAUGGAUGAACUACGAGCGAAUAUUCACGUGCACACCGAGACUCAGAGGAUGGCAGUUCCGAUUAACAACUUUCAAAGUCUGAGAGGUAUGGUCCGAGCAACUACACUCGCCAUUCGGUUUCUGAGGAACGCACGUCCGAAAUGCUUCACUCGAAUUAGUGGUGGUCUAACCAGUGAAGAAAUCCGCAAUGCUGAGGUUUUCCAUUUCCAUGCUGCGCAACAGGACGCCUUCCGAGAAGAGCUUUCUGUUCUAAUGAAAAACGAUCCCAGGCUAUUACUUCCCAAACGAAGCCCGCUUUAUAAACUUAAUCCCUUUGUCGAUGAGCGUGGAUUGAUUCGUAUGCGAGGCAGAACCGGACUGUGCGAGUUUCUGCCUCGGGAUGCUGUAAAUCCCAUACUACUUCCUCGAGAACAUCCUGUCACACACCUUGUUGUCAAAAGCUACCACGAAAAGUUUUACCAUCGAAAUCAUGAAUCGGUCAUUAAUGAGAUCCGACAAAGAUUCUGCAUCAGUCGAUUACGCAGAGUAUAUGCGAAAAUAAGAUUCGAUUGCCUACACUGCAAGCUGCGAGAUGCUCGCCCACGCCCUCCACAAAUGGCUGAUCUGCCUCGCUGUCGUUUAGCAGCGUUUGUUCGUCCGUUCACUCACACCGGGGUAGAUUACUUUGGUCCUAUGGAAGUUGCAAUAGGGAGGAGGGUUGAGAAGAGAUGGGGAGUUCUUUUUACAUGCCUAUCUAUCCGUGCUGUUCAUAUUGAAGUAGCUAGCUCACUUACCACAAACUCUUGCAUAAUGGCAAUAAGAAAUUUCAUUGCACGCCGAGGAACUCCAGCCAUAUUCUAUAGUGAUCGGGGAACAAACUUUAUUGGUUCGGACCGUGAACUGAAGCAGGCAUUAGAAAAGGUUGAUCAACAUAAAAUGGCCCAAGAGUUUGUGUCCUCGGAGACAUCCUGGCGCUUCAAUCCUCCAGCAGCUCCCCAUAUGGGAGGGAGCUGGGAGCGAUUUAUACAGUCUGUCAAACUUCUGUCAGACUUUAUCUGAGCUACACCUGUCUCCCCGAAGACGAAGCCAGUCCAGCUCUCACUCCAAACCAUUGGCUUCUGGGAAGCUCAGAUGGGGCCAAGCCAUGGUCACUUCUCGAUGAGAACUCUAUUGCUUUGAGACGUGGUUGGCAUUUGUCCCAAAAAUUCGCAAACCAAUUUUGGACCAGGUGGCUUCGAGAAUACCUCCCAGAAAUUACCAGGCGCUCGAAAUGGCAUCGAAGGGUUCGGCCAAUCGCUGAAGGAGACAUCGUUCUAAUCGUCGAUAAAUAUUCGGAUAGCAACAUUCUUUCAUCUAUUUCUUGUUGCAGCGCGAUACGCAAGCAACAAUGACUAGAAAAAAACAGAUUUAAUUAUUUCCUUAGAAAAUAAAAUGGAUAAAAAUGGCACAAAAACGCUAAGGAGUGUUUAUAGAAGUCAAAAAAUAAGCGAUGAUAUCGCCCCGAACAAUGUCGAAUAAACCGAAAAGUUUUGCAAGGCUACAAACUAAGCAAACAGUUCACAAUUAUAUCACGUCUAACUUUUUCGUCCCGCGCUUGGGAAAUCACAAUAGCUCACAGUUGGCUUUUCUGCAACCACACUAUUUGUAGUAUGCUAUAAAAAGAUUCAUUUUAUGCUUCCUAAUGCUGCUAUACUGUUACCACUGACCCGAAACGUUAUCUGUCUUCAUUGACUGAUUGUUAACGCUACUCAAUCUACUAGUUUGCUCUAACUAGUAAUAACGCAACGCUGUUUACUGCAACCACUACGAAUCAAAUAAUUACUAAACAAUAAUCCCUCCUGUUUCGUCGUGCUUCCUGGACUCACCUAAGCAAAGUGUUCCACAGUCACAAGGACAGGACAGGCGGUGUCGGAAUCGUACAAACCGGUGAAAUCAGUUUGCUGGCAACGUCCUGCUGCUGCUGGACCAUACUUGCUUCCUCCAGAUACUCACAAUCAAUCACCGUACCAGUCUACGUGACGUUACGGUACUACUCUGGAUGGUCAGUCGCAGUGUUUCAACCUAGGUCCUCAAUCAAAGGAUAUUUAUUCUAUUUUUCACUACGGUCCGAUCCGGUUCUUCGGUUAAAGUGUGCUACGAAACUGGUGUCGAGACCAACUAGGUUCACCAAGAUUUUCACCUCUUCACUCCUAACACUUAUUAUAAUCCCGAAAGUUUAUAAUUAAACAGUUGAUUAAAUCACGUUAGCUUGAUGUAGCGAAAA